AUGAAACUUCAUCCUCUUCGUCGUAUAAAAUAUUAUCAAUUACCAUGUCAAAAACGUUCGCCACUUUUAUCUUGUUUCUAUGAUGAUAAUCAUUUUUGUUUCUAUAAUGAUUAUAAUCAUCAAUGUUUGACUAAUUGUUUUGAAUUCAAUCAUGGAAUUGAACAUAAUUGUUUUGGUCAAAGUAAUUGUGAAAAUAAUGCACAUUGUUUACAAGACAAAGCAACUUGUCCACAAACAUCAAUAUGUGUUUGUCCAAAAUGUUUUUAUGGAGCACGAUGUCAAUUUACUUCAAAUUUAUUUGAUCUUUCACUCGAUGCUAUUUUAGGUUAUUAUAUUCAACCACAUAUAAAUAUUAAACAUCAACCAUCUAUUGUACAAUUUUGGAUACUUAUCAUUGCACAAAUAACAUACAUGACAAAUCAAUCAUUUUUAAAGUUUCAAUAUACUUCAAUAUAUUUUUUUCUACGAAUUGAUCUUAGUAUGGAUCAAUGGUUAAAUGCAUGUGCAGCUAUUAUUAUUAUUGUAAUGAUUACUCGACAACGAACAACUGUACAAAAACAUCAACGAUAUAAAAAAUUAUUACGUGAACAAUUUCAACCUACACCCUAA